GAGGGAGGCCUGUGGUCUGAGUCUGCCUUAUCUGCGCCACACCACGAGUGCAGCCGCAGACGGAGAGGAACUCCCAGAGCAGAGGUCUGACUUCUGACACUGUCGGCUUACGUGAAAUGGAGGACUUGACGUGGGGAUGGGCCGAGCGCCUCGCUGUGGACUGCGUGCAGGGCAUCCUGCAGCCUACGCCCACCUGUGACACCUGGGAGCAGAUCUGGAACUUCCAAGCCCGGCCUGACGACCUCCUCAUUUCCACCUAUCCGAAAGCAGGAACGACUUGGACACAGGAGAUAGUGGACCUGAUACAAAACGAGUGUGACGUUGGCAGAAGCCAGAGAGCUCCGACCCACGAGCGCUUCCCCUUCAUCGAGUGGAAGAUCCCGACCGUGGAGUCUGGUUUGGAACAAGCCAACGCGAUGCCCUCACCACGGACCCUAAAGACACACCUUCCCAUCCAACUGCUGCCACCAUCCUUGCUGGAGAAAAACUGCAAGAUGAUCUACAUAGCGAGAAACCCCAAGGACAACAUGGUGUCUUACUACCAUUUCCACAGGAUGAAUAAAGCCCUUCCAGCCCCAGGAACCUGGGAAGAGUAUUUUGAGAAUUUUCUGACUGGGAAAGUGUGCUGGGGCUCCUGGUACGACCACGUGAAGGGAUGGUGGGACGCCAGGCACCAGCACCGCAUCCUCUACCUCUUCUACGAGGACAUGAAAAGAAACCCAAAGCAUGAAAUUCAGAAGCUGGCAGAAUUUAUUGGAAAGAGCCUAGACAACAAAGUUCUGGAUAAAAUUGUCCACCACACUUCCUUUGAUGUCAUGAAGCAGAACCCAAUGGCAAACUACUCAUCGGUUCCAACUGAAAUCAUGAAUCAAUCAAUUUCUCCAUUCAUGAGAAAAGGGACAGUUGGAGACUGGAAGAACCACUUCACGGUGGCCCAGAACGAGAGGUUUGAGGACGACUACAGGAAGAGGAUGGCUGACAGCAGCCUGGCUUCCCGCUUCCACUUCUCAUGAGGAAGAAAAGAACCUCAGCUCGAGCAGUAGGACGCUCACUACCCAGGCCACACGCCAUUGGAUUCAGGUGCCGGGCUAGUAUUGCCUGUGUUUGCUUUUGCUCACUCUACACAAAACCUUGUAACCAGCAGGAUUUGUAAGUAAUCUAAACAAUUCAACUCAAUUUAAACAUAAACACACCCAACGAGAGAAAUUCAACUAGCCAAACUAAGGAGAGACAAAAAUUAAACUGAAUUACUCUAAACCAAA